AGACUUCAUAUUUGCAUAGAUAUCAUCGGCUCAGUUCUGUCAAAACUCGGCGUUGCUUAACAGAAUCUUCGCGUUUCUUUCUCUGAAAAAACCACUGGUUUUUAUUCUAUCUAUUGCAUUCACACUGGCGAUAUAGAUCUUCACUGUUUCUCCUUUAUCUAUGAUUCUGGGUUCACUAGAAAACUGGGAUAUUUGAUUAGUUGGAAACUAAAGAUCUGGCAAGAAAUGGGACCAUCGGAACUGAGUUUGACUUGUAGACAAUCGGCGAUGAAACCUUAUAUUCCUAAAACGAUUAGUGAAUUUCUCGAAGAAGUUUCGUUGAUCAGUAACUCAUCUGAAAGGCUUUUUAAGCUUGAUGAUUAUGUGAACAGACUCCAAGAUGAAAUGAAGAAGAUUGAUGCAUUCAAACGUGAGCUGCCUCUUUGCAUGCUCCUCCUCGCCGACGCAAUUGCGACAAUGAAGGGGGAGUUAAUGCAAUGCAAAAAUUCAAGUACUGAGCCAAUAUUGGAAGAAUUUAUACCAUUGAAGAAAAUUAGUGAUGAUUCAGAUGAAAAAGUUGAGGUUCCAAGAAAUGAAAUUGUUAGCAGUAGCGAUAAAAUGAAUUGGAUGAGCUCUGUGCAGCUAUGGAACUCUGAUAAUCAAAAUCCUUUCCCCGAUAUUGAACUCAGCAACAACAAGAAAGCCUUAAAACAAGACAACAAAAGGAGAGCUGAAGAAGAAAAUAAUCGACCUGUCAAUUUGAUGGAUGAACUGUUACAGUCUAGUAAUAACAGAACAGUGGGAAGGGCUUUUAUGCCAUUUAAGGGGUAUAGUAAUUUUCCAGUGAUGACAGCGAGGAAGGAAGAUAGGGAUGAAUUGCCUAGAGCAGCAGGGCUUUCGCUUUGUACGCCUGGAAUUAAGAAUGUGGGAAACGAUAUGGAAUCUUGUGGUUUGAACUCCAUAUCUAAUUGCAGCGGAUCAGGUUCAUCUUCUGCAGCUAAUGGUCAAUUGAAUUCGAGGGCCGGGCAGCAGAGGAAGCAGAGAAGAUGCUGGUCACCAGAAUUGCAUCGGCGAUUUGUCAGUUCCCUGCAACAACUUGGAGGUCCACAAGCUGCUACUCCUAAGCAGAUCAGAGAUCUUAUGCAAGUUGAUGGUCUUACAAAUGAUGAAGUCAAGAGUCAUUUGCAGAAAUAUCGGCUUCAUACUCGAAAAGUUCCACCUACGACAAGCAACUCUUCAAAUCGACCUUUAGUACUUGGAGGUCAGUGGAUCUCGCAUGAACAGCAUGGUGAAUCCUCAAAGCAAAGCAAUUCCCAGUCAGGUUCUCCUCAGGGCCCUCUACUGUUAACUGGAUCAUCACGAGGUACUUCCAUGACCGGAGGCAAUAGUAUGGAGGACGAAGAUGAUGAAAAGUCGGAGAGCCACAGCUGGAAAAAUCACAUUCACUUGACCGGAAGAGACGAUGUAUAGAUGUCCACCAUGAGUUUUUCAGAAAGAGAGAGUACACAUGGGAGGAAUUAAAUCGCAUAUAAACUUAAUAUACAAUACAUAUAUAUAUUUAUGAUGUUUAUCAAGCCAGAUUAUGUGGAAUUUUGCAGUAUUAGAUUUCGUAUCCAUCCAUUUUAAGAAGUUGUUUAUUCCUUUUAUCAGCAUGAAGAACUUCAAGUCCAUUUCUUGAAAUGAUGAAAUGGUUUUUCACAUAUUUCAGCACAAACACUACGAGAAGAUAAAAUCUUGUUCAAUGCACUAUCUUGUUAA